AAAUUGAAACUGAAAGCCCAAACUGUUUUUUGCCUCCGGAUGCCCCAUUUCAAGCCUCUAGGUCAGAGGAUUGUCUCGGAACGUGUCAUUGGUCAGGACGGCCCCUAUGUUAAUAAGGGGGUAGCCCCAGCCAGUAGAAGUUCCCAACAUCCUACCUCCUGCCCGAACUCCCUACAUCCAGGGGCAGAUCAAGAUGGCACAACUUUUUACCAUCAUUGGCCUGAGCCCGUGACUGAAAAAUCAGGGUCCAUGGAGCAAAGUCAGUGGUGGGGGUGGAAGGGGCUGAGCGCUGGCCUGACCUUGCUGGCACUGGCUCUGUUUGUGGGCCUGAUCGUCUUUGCCGUCAGAGCCAACAGCAAAGCCUGCAAGGAGGGCCUCCUAGCAGAGCAGGAGUGUCGCAAUGUCACCUGCCUCCUGGAACACCAGCUAGCCCAAACCCGGCAACACUUACUGGGGGCGAAGGAUGAGGCUGCCACCUGCAACCAGACUGUGGUGAACCUUUCAGCUUUCCUGGAAAUGGAGAAGGCCCAGGGUCUGGAGCAGCUCAGGAGAAGAGAGGAGCUUCAGCGAGAGGUUGAGAAAUUGAAGAAGCAGCUGCAGGACACUUCGGAGGAGGUGGAACGACUCAGAAAAGAGAAGGAGGCCUGGAGCAAGGAAGGGGACACCAGCUUCAGCAGCUCCUCGAAAUCACUCGGCCCCUUGAUGGUCCCCGUGUGCCUGUUCCUGGGCCUCACUGCUCUGCUGGCCUGAGGCCAACUGGACCCGGAGACCUUUCCGCCUCAGCACGAAACAGUUAACCUGGACGCUUCUCCCGCGGGGUCUUAGGGCUAGCCCCCACUUCCGCAG